AUGCUCGCCGGAACGUCUACUACAACAGGCAGUGCGCCUGUUGCAAAGCCGCCAACGUCCAGCGAGACUUACGAGAUGACCACCUCUAGACAGCCCACCGGUACCGAGAGCCCCUGGGGGCUGAAAGCUGCUGCCGCCCGGGAGGCCGGCAAGCGUGAGAUUCGUCGAACUGCGGCUGGUCAUCCCGAUGCCAUCAGUAGAGCACCACCACUGAAGGGUUCUGAACCCGCGGUGAACACUGUCGGAGAACCAUGGCCAAAGUAUGACCAGAACCUCUGUAAGACUGGCGACAACAACCCCCCAGGAACGCGAAACAAGCCUCAAGUAAUCCAGCCACUGCCCCAAGUCAAGGAAAAGAUACCUAUUACCGGCACUGGAUUUGAUUACUACCCCAGCACUACGUUUACGGAGCGGUACCGAAGCCGGCCGAUCGAGACGUACGACGACUAUGCGGGACCGCCUAUUGAGAAGAAGGAUCAGGGGGAGGAGAAGGAGGUUGUUGUUCCAGGUGAUGGCGAGGCGGGAGGAUCGAGACGACCUCCGCCGGCUCCUAGGCAUGGGCUUGCUCAACCGGCUCGUCGAGGGCAGCGGGCUCCUCCCAUGCCAUCUAUUGCCAGUGUUUUGGCUGAGGCUGGGCCGCCUGAGCUUCCGCCACUGUUGGUCUCGAGUAAGGAUGAGGGCUACGAGGGGGAUGACGAGAAGGGCACAUCUCUAACAAGCGUUGGGACAUCUAGAUAG